AUGGCUUUUAUUGUGGACACUGCGGGCUUUGAGCGCACUGGCCAACAGUCGGUUGUCUUUGGGGCUGGGCAGGCUGAAAUGCACAGCAAACUGCCCCCUUCACAUUUGACCGUGUUUCGAUUGUCAUUUGCUGUUCCCCUUUCUCUACCCAAACAGCAGUUGCACAGCAGUGGGCUGCUGAGUUUGUGGGCACAACGAGGCCACGCUUGGCACACACACAACAAGGCACUAUUAGACAGGAGUAGGGAUCAAAAGUCAGGGUUGGGAAUUCAUGGUGCAGGGACACCUGUGUACGAUCAAAGUGUAGUCAUCCAUACAGGGCCCACCGUCUUUCCCAGGAUGCUUCCGGCUGCUGUGUUGUCGCAACAUUGUGAUCGUUAG